GUUCAUCGCUGUAGUCAUCCCUCUGAACUACAACAGGAAGCACGUGGACAUGCGUCAGACGGUGCUGCUGUCGGCCACCUGGGUCGUGGCGCUGGCCGUGGCGUCGCCCGUCGUGUUCGGCAUCAACAACGUGCCGGGCCGCGACCCCACCGAGUGCAAACUGGAGAACGACGACUACGUGCUGUACUCGUCCGUGUGCUCCUUCUUCAUCCCGUGUCCCAUCAUGCUGCUGCUGUACUGCGGCAUGUUUCGAGGCCUGAGGCGAUGGGAAGAAGCUCGGAGAGCCAAACUCAAGAACAGUAUUCUGGACUGCCGGAAGCUUCAAGAAGCGGCCGCCGCGCUGCCGGCGCUCGCCGCUCUGCCGCCAUUACUGCCGCCCGUCAUCAGAGAGAGGGAGCUGAUGGAGAGUCCGGAGCAGCCGUCCACCUUCAAGUCCUCCGAAAAGCCCUUCAAGUCCUCGGAGUUAAAGGGCGGCCCCGUGCCCACCGUCAGCUUCUCAGAGAUCAAGUACAACCAGGAGCCUCGCCGGAGAAAAACGGCUAAGAUCAACAACCGGGAGAGGAAGGCCAUGAAGGUGCUUCCUGUCGUUGUAG